GUUAUCCGCGGUUGCCGCGUUAUCGAACUGGCCUAAGUUCUCCACCAGAAAACAUGGCUCCAGGCAAAUUUGUGUCAUUAAAUCGUAUACUGAAACAGACUGACGCUCCAAAAUCAGAAGACUUCACCGUUUCGGACUUUGAUGAGAACCAGGAAUUAGAAGAUGGCGAGGUCCUUGUCAAGACGCUUUAUUUGUCCGUCGAUCCGUACAUGAAAUUCAGAAUGAUGGGAGAACCUGCGUUUCUGUCGCCAUGGAAGGUUGGCGAGGCCUGCAUUGGAGGCGGUGCUGGUAUUGUUUUGGCAAGCAAAUUCCCUGGACUGUCAGAGCAAGACCUUGUUGAAUCUUUUGAUUUUCAAUGGAAAACGACUUUCAAGAUCGACGGGAAGUUAUUAAACAAGAUCGAAAAUGACGUCAUCAAAUCCAAUUUGUCCCAAUCUCUUGGUCUUCUUGGCCUGACAGGACUGUCAUCAUUGAUUGGGUUGAAACUUUUGGGACAUAUAGAACCAGGAAAACGCCAAACCGCCGUCAUCAGUGGUGCAGCAGGAGCAUGUGGAUCAGCUGCUGGUCAGCUGGCAAGAAUAAUGGGUGCCACGAAUGUAGUUGGCAUAUGUGGUUCAGAAGCAAAGUGUAAAUAUCUAACAGAGGAUCUUGGCUUCAAUGCCACCGUCAACUACAAAACAGAAAAUGUGGCUGCCUCCUUGAAAAAAGCUUGCCCUGGUGGUGUUGACACUUAUUUUGAUAACGUUGGGGGAGACAUCAGUAAUGAUGUCAUCAGGCUGAUGAACCAAGAUUCUCAUGUUGUUGUGUGUGGUCAGAUAUCCACUUACAACAAAAAAAGUGCUGGUCUUCCAAAGGAAAUUGAAGAAAUACUGAUAUCAAGGAACGUAGCACGAGGCAAUUUUGUCGUGCUAAAUUAUAAAGCUGAAUGGAAAGAAGGUUUGGACGCCCUUGCAAGCUGGUACAAAGAGGGAAAGAUAAAGUCUCGUGAAACAGUUACUGAAGGGAUUGAAAACAUUGGGAAAGCUUUUGUGUCAAUGAUGGCAGGAGGAAACAUAGGGAAACAAGUGGUCAAAGUUGCCUAGACGUAGUCAUUCUAACUGUCUGAAUAAUUUGCUUCCAUCAUGAUUUAUAUUAUGUAAAUCCUUGCUGCCAGUGUCAUUCUCCAUCUGAUUCUAGAUCUGACAAUGAAUUGAUUAGCUGCAACGUACUAGUUUAGUGUCAUGGAACUUGAUAGAACAUUGAAAUAAG